CACCGCAUAGCGCUCGCGAAAUCAAAUAGCAACGCCCCUUGACAGAAGAGGGAAAAUGGCUCUCCGCCUAAGACAGGCCAUCCCAGGCCAACCUUCCCACUAUUCCACACAAAACACCGCAGGAAUAGUCGUCAAUGACGCAGCAUACAUCGUGUAUCCCUCAGCAUCAAACGUGGUGCUCCUUACUCCCCAACAGAAACUUGUAGAGACUCUUCAAUUUUGGCUUGCGUUACCCCACCGAGCUUCUUCGUCUUUAACAGGCACAGUCCAGGGUGUUCUUGGUAGCUCUGAUGAUGGAUAUAUACUAGCAUGGAGCAGCGUCUAUAUUGUACUUUGGAAGCACCAGCCUCGGAAAGCAAAGGCCCAUACUGAUUGGACAGUCCAUUCGACCGUCGUCGCUUCUUCCCCCGUGUCAUGUAUGGAUUUCCGCGAUGGGACCCUUGCGCUCGGAACAAAGAAAGGUAUAGAAUACUGGCGCAUGAACCCUACAUCCGAAGUUGUAGUUUGGGACCGACUUUGGGAGCAAUCCUUGCCUGCGCCUGCGAGCGUCCGGAUUUCUCCUGCUUCAGGGCACCUUGCAUGGUUCAGCCAGAACCAAAGGUCAGGGUAUAUUCUCACUAUCGAUGGAAAAGGACAACCAGUGGGCGCCGCGCAGGAAAUACGACAUCCCAGAGAGAUGCAGUGGAUCGGAUGGCGUAAUUCCGCUCCAGGAAAUGAUCCAUUCCUUUACACGAUUACAAGUAACUCGGUGCUCCGAAUCUACUCUCCCGUCCUUGACGAUCCUGUAUGGUUUCAAUUACUCUAUUCUCUCGACCACAGAUCUUUCAAUCGAGAUGCUCACGAAACGCCACCCAAAACAAAAGGGAAAGAGCCCCAGUCGAACCCUUACGGCGUCAUGUGGGUUUGGGAUGCGAAAGUCCUCAAAAUAGUCGCAAGAAAGGAACUGGAGAAGGUCAAGGACGGUGGAGAGAUACAAAAAGUGAAAGAUGGAGCAAAGAUACUGGAGUCCAUGGAGACGGAAGAAAGCGAUAUUAUUGCCUGGAUUGGUCCUGAUGGCAGCAUUACAUUACGGUCUAUUAUUAACAUGGACAGAAAACCCCCGACCCUGCUCAAAUCUUUGCCUCUGGCAAAAUCUAUCCUUCCAUCCGUUUCAAACCCAUCCCAUUGGUCACCACAAGCUCAACUGCUCUACAUACCCUCCACCUCGCCAUCUUUUACUAUUAUACUCCCUCCAACCCAUGCUCAUAACCGCAUAUCAUCUCUCCAUGUGUCCUUGGCAGAGUUGCUUUCCUCCAAAUCUCAAAGUAUUUCCUCGACAUCCUCUUCCUCUCUUGGCGAGGUAUCGCAUAUUCAGCUCGAGAAUAACAUCUCUAGCUUUGUCCGUACCCCGAACGGUCGAGGCCUUUUGGCAAUGGCAGAUAACGGAGAGAUUGCGACCUGGUAUAAGCAGCAACUCAACGUUCGGCCCCGACAAUGGCAUAUCGCUCCUAAAUCUCUUCUUGGUAAAGGGCAUUGGCAUAGUACAACCCCACCUAGUCAAGCUGCAAUGUUUUCAAAGGGACGAGGGAUUGUUUUCUACACCAACCCGCCCGAUGCCCCUCCGACCAUCACUCUCCAGCAUCUCGAUCCGGGCUCCAGUGCACCUUGCGAGUCUGUCAUUUUGCCUCAUUUUUCUCCCCAAGAUAAUGACGAGAUUGAAAUGCUCUUGGCUGUUUCUGAUAUUGAUGACGGUUUUGAUCACCGAGGUCGUCGCACUCAGCGAGCCAUUAUCAUGGCUGCAACAAGGUCGGGUGAAGCUUGGGUAUGGCGAGUCAUAUCGAGGAUGUCGACUUCCGAAAUGCAAGCAGAACAGAGCGAUGAACCCGACGAGAAACCAGCCAUCCUACUUGUCUCGCAUUACCGUUUGCCGGUGAAGUCUGUACCCAGAAUGAUUAUCCCUGUCGACCCCAUGGGCUGGCAUCAAAACGUAAUCGAUUGGGAAACCGAUACGCCUCUGCAAGACAUGAUCCUUACAGUCUCUGAAGAUGGUGAUCUCGAAUUUUGGACUCCAAAAUUGGGGCAGCAUCUCAUCGGUAAAGAUAUAGAGAAAGGAUUCAAUGGCGACGCGGUGCCACAUCCUGAUAGGGCUUGUGAGAUGAAGGGAGAUGGCCACACGCAUGAGAAGCAAGGAGGUGGGGAAGAUGAACCGUGGGUAAGGACGGGCGUAGUUAGGACAGGGAGGAAGAAUGCAAUCAUGGCUAGAUGUAGCUCGAGGAAGAAGACAGUUCUGAUUUGCGAGUUGGAAGAUGGGAGGAAUGAGAUGACUAUUUGGGACUCAAAAGUUAGCGAGUUUUCGACAGGCCUGGAACUAACCAAGAUCUACGAUCUCGGCGAGAAGGUUCAGGACCUUGACUGGACUACGACAUCCGAUCUCCAAUCUGUCCUUGCUGUCGGCUUCCCCCAUCGAAUCCUUCUCAUCUGCGAGCAGCGCAUGUCCUAUGUCGAGCGAACUCCCGGAUGGGCACCAUUCCUCACUAUUGACAUGUUUUCAUACACGUCAAUUCCUAUCAACGAUUCGAUCUGGCUUGCAGGGGGGAGUUUGGCUGUUGGGACAGGUAAUCAAAUAUAUCUGUUUAGUCGUUUCCUUGACAGAGAAGAUAAAGAAGAAGAUGGAGAGGCGGAAGAUAUAUUCCAGCUUAUUGCCCAAGAGAAUGGGCCCUUGUGGGAUUAUCACCCUAUCCUACUAGGACAAUGUCUUCUCUGGGACAAAGCGAAUGUUGUCAAAAGCAUUCUGUUGCGAUUAGUGGAGGCAUUGAAGCAGUGCGAAGAGGAAGGGAAGAAGAGGCUAACGUUUGAACGAUUGGAUCCUACAGAGUUCUACACCACUAAGGCUGUGGCAAGGCGCGCAAAAACGGGUGCGAGAAAGUAUGAUGGUUUAUUUGCCUCGACACCGACUGUGGAGGAGGACACACAGGAUGACUUUACAGAGAAGGUCGUUAUAGCAUUGGAAGAAAGGUUAUGCGGCCAGGUUCAUAUCCCCAUUGCUGCGGCUGAUAAGUCAUUUUUGGCUACUGUUGCUCGAGUCACCCUUGAGGUCGACCGGCAACGAAGAUCCCUUGACAUAUCUGGUAUGCGCUACCUCAUUUCUAUUCGGAUGUAUGUCAACUGGGAUCGCUUGAACAAUACAUCUGGCACUGUUACUCCCUCCAGCGAUACUGAAUUGCGACAGAUGCCAAAGCCAAAAGGAGCGAGCCACUUCUCUUUCAGAAACAUUGUGUGGGCUAUGCACAGUGAUAGCCAGGAAUUGCUACUUGAGGCUGCAACUCAGUGCUGUAAGAAUGGCAAGAUGCUAUGGGAAGAUGCGAAAAAACUAGGAGUGUUUUUAUGGCUCAAAUCAGCGGAGACUACGAGAUCGCAACUCGAGGUUGUUGCGAGGAAUCGAUUUAUGGCCGACGACAAUCGAGACCCCACAUCUUGUUCUUUAAUUUUCUUUGCUCUGGGCAAAACGAAAGUUGUCCAUGGUCUCUGGCGUCAAGCACCUGGCCAUAAGGAGCAGAACCUUAUGUUAAAGUUCUUGGCAAACGACUUUACUCUCGACCGAUGGAAGACCGCUGCCAUGAAGAACGCCUAUGCGUUGUUAAGUAAACAACGCUACGAGUAUGCGGCUGCAUUUUUCAUGCUGGCUGGACAACCUCAAGAUGGAAUCAACGUUUGCUUAAGGCAGCUUAACGACUGGCAACUGGGCUUGGCCCUUGCUAGGGUAGUGGAAGGGAGUACAGAUGGGCCGAUCUAUAGACGAAUCGUAAGCGAGACUGUUCUACCGUUGGCAUUUAAAGGCGGCCAUAGAUGGUUAGGAACGUGGGCUUUCUGGAUGUUGGGUAGGAGGGAUCUGGCUGUGAGGGUGCUCAUAUCCCCGAUGGUCGACGUCGCAAAUGACUACUCUCCAGAGAAACCUAUGCGAGUCGGCAAUCCGGAAAAUGAUGACCCCAGCUUGCUCCUGAUGUUCCAGCACCUCAAAUCCAAAUCCCUCCAGACGGCGAAAGGGAUUAGCGAGGUUUCCACUAAGUUGGAAUUCGACUUUGUUCUGCAUAAUGCCAGAGUCUUCUUUCGCAUGGGUUGCCACGACCUCGCUCUCGAUCUUCUACGUUCAUGGUCCUUCGAGCGUCCCUUCUUCCCCGUGCGUUUUCGCCGCAUCUCAAGCAUCCCUCCUACGCCGGCUACAGUUACCAGCAUGGCAUCUGUCGCCCCGGACCUCAAAAAAGAACCAUUUAUCACUCCAUCGCACCGUCGUCGCCCCUCGUUCCUUCUUUCUAGCGCCAGUGGACGACCUCAUGGCUCUCUAUUCAUGGAUAUGGAUGUACUAGCAGAGAGUGGGGGAAGCUCAAGGGUUUCAUCGCCUCCCGUUAAUGACGGUGGCAAAGUCACUACUCCUCCUAAGAUACUGAACGGAGACAUCAAGAUGGAAGAACCGACGACAAUUGUAGAAGAGAAGAAGGAGCCAAGCUUGUCACCGAAGGCAGAGCGAAAGAUUGGAAACUUGAUGAAGGACCUGAAGCAGGACGUGCAGCAGGGGGGGAUGGACUUUAACAUGGAUGACUUCUUUUGAAAAGGUCGUAUGAAGGGAUAUGUCAUAAUCUUCUUAUACUAUAAUGCAUAUUACUUUUGAGCCA